AUGAGUGGCUUGUUUGUUCAUCGGAAUCUAUUACUUGGCAUAGUGUCAAAGCGAGCGCUGGUUUUUUCGUCCAAUUUAUUGGCCAAGUUACAAAAAGGAAGAGGGAAUUCUGUUGUAAAAGAGUUAGGACGACUAACUGCCGCACAAAUUGAUACGGAGCCGUACUUACCUGGACAGUUAUUCAUACACAAGUUAUUUCCAUAUAGAGGGAUUGUUCUGUGUUCAUUUGCUUGUCCUGUUGAGGAGAAACUGCCAAAUUCUAGUUCUGGUGAUUCAGUAGUGAUAACACAGAAAUCUUUAUUUUAUCAAAUACUUGUACACAGUGGAGACUGGAAAAAUAUGCAUUUUCCGGUUGACAUUACAUCUUAUCUUGAAGAUGCUGGUUCUAUGCAUGCAGAAAAAGCUUUAACUGUUAUUUUUGGAAUGGAUUGUGUGGCACAUGAUGAAAUUAUACCGUUUAGAACGCAAAGUAUCCGUCCCAUCACUCAUGACUUGUUCCGUGGACUGUUUGAAUGCACUGCAGUAGAAGAUAACGAUUUCGUAUUCGGUAUUCGAAAAGAGCCAAGCUUCUUGAUUAGUCAAAACUCAAGAUAUGUUUUAAAGCAGCUGAGGCCUCACUUUGUGUAUCGUGAAACUACAGACGGGAUAAGGGUGACUGUGAUCACUUUUUAUUUAGGAUUAAACACAGUUGGUGGGCUACAAAAGCAUUGGUGGCGAUAUGUUAUUCGGCUGGAAAAUCUGGAACCUUGUUCUAUAAUUGUCCGUUCUAGGGAAAUGAAAGUUUAUAGUUUGAGUAAUAUGCAACAACAAAGAGCUCCAAACAUUGCAGGAGGGAAUCCUCGAUUGACUCCAGAAGAGCCAGCAUUUCAAUACAGUGGUACUGUCGGUGUGGCAGUAGACAAAGGAUCGUAUGCUUGGGGAAAUUUCACGAUGGAACGCGAAGAAGACCGAACUUCAUUUCUGGUCAGAGUACCUACAUUUAGAUUAGAGUAUGAUUCUAGUUUAACACCGGAAAAAACUGAACAAUUGAGUUGA